AUGGUGAUGACAGCGGAGGGGUUGAAUAGAAACAGGAGGAGUGCGAGGCUGCAAGAGCUGGAGGAGAGGAAGAGGGUCGAGGAGGCGAAUCGGGCAGCGGCGGCCGCCGCUGCGGCCCCUGAGGACGGGCAGCCGUCAUCCACCGUGCGGCGAAGAGGGAGAAAGAGGAAGCACGUGUUCGAUGUGACAGUUAAUGUCGUUAAUCAGGUGCCCCCCCUCCGCCCCAGCUUGGCCGGCCACCAUCGUUCUUUGCAGUCUUACCAUGAAAGUCAACUAGAUUAUUAAGUAAUUAAUGUCACCAGGGCCCACCAUCCUUCACCCCACUAUUUCAGGAGCCAUCGCGGAGUCUCCCUUUCACGGAGUGGCCUUUCUAGCCCACAGCUUGUCCAGUCAGUCUCAUGCCUCCUGUGAUGACUCACUCGUGUUCCGUUUCUCAGCUUCUUUGACCAGGACAGGCUGGAAGGCCGUCAUGUCUUCAUAAUCAUCAUCCUCACCCUUCAUAAUCUUAUUCAGAAUCAAGCAGCCACUGGAUAUAUGAUUUGACCAAGUCGUGAAAUUCUAUAAAUUUCGAGUAAUUUUCUUCCAACAAAUGCAUGCACGUAUGCAGGAACGGAGUGAUAUCCCGUUUUAUAGUUUCCAUUAACAUCUCACUGCAUAAUUAUCCUCAUCCUUUUAUGAUUUUAUUAAGGAUUAAGUGGACUCCUAGAGGGGAGGAUCUGGAAAAUGAAGAGAGGAUUGAUAAAAUUUUAGAAAAAAAAUCUGGGAAUUAUUGUUCAAUGGUUAAUACUUAGAUUUGUGUGCACAGGAGCUGAGAACUUUCCCGUGGCAAUCUGGGCUGUUGAACGGUAAAAAUUAUCUUCUCCCUGAUUUAACUGUUAGUAGCCGCUGUCAUUACGAUGAAGACGUGCCUUCUUUUGUUUUAAAAUCCAAGACUCGCUAAUUACCUCAUUUGUUCCUGUAUUUAGCUGGACGUCCCAUCACUGAUCUGAAUGGGACGCCUUUGCCCUGCAAGAAAGCCUUGGAGUCAGUGCUCGAUGUGCUGCAGAUGUAAGUUCCCUUGUCUCCUUGGUUGGAUUGCCAUCAUGGGGAUGGGCACUAGAUGAAAGAGAAGAACUCUCUCUCUCUCUCUCUCUCUCUCUCUCUCGAUAUCUAAAUAUAUCUAGUUGCAUUUUAGAGUAUGCAACUAUUUAUAAAGAGUCGGAAAAAUAGUCUUCAAUCACGAAGAACGGUCUCCGGAUAAAUUUACUGUUUACCCACAUUUCAGGAUGGACUUUGAGGGUGAUCUCGCGAUGCCCGGCAAUCUCCAGGUAGGCUUUGACCAUAUCUUCGUCUGCGUACAUCUGUACGAGGUUGACAAAGGAGAUAAUUUAUGAAUACAGGACAGGGGGAUUGAAGACAAUCUUAGAGAUCCCCAGGAUCUGGGAACCGUGAGGGCGAAGCUUCAUGAGCGAUUCUACGCCACUCUCGAGCAGUUCGAGGUCCCCCCAACCCCCCUCCCUUGUCGAUAUUACCCCCGUUUGAUCCAAGAUUUCCUCGUUAUUCAGGGUCAUCCUCUCAGAAUGACUCUUUCUAGUUUAACUUGUUUACGUGAGAUUUCGCGGCGUUGCAGAAGGACGUUUACUCAGUGACAUCCGGUGCAAAGCUUCCCAACCCACCCGAAUCGGCCAUACACAAAUUGGUGAGUCAGAUCUCCGACACCGACCCCAUCCCCCCCCCGGUUGGAGGAGGUUGCCGUUCUCAAGCUCUCCGGGUUCUCCAGGCAACGGAGAUAGAGAAGAAGGCGGAGUACAUCUUCAACGCCAUCAGAACCCAGCCGGGCUUCGAGUUGAGGAUCUUGAACUGGGCCAGGGACAACGAAAUCAACGGGAGAAACGGCGGAGUUAGAAUUAGUGAUGCCAGCAAUGACAGCCCACCCCCGUGGGCGGCGCCUCCGAGCGACGGCGCCAACACCAGAGUCGAGGCGACAACCAUCGCACCACCGCGCCGGCCGGCGAAUGUCUACAGAGGACCCAGAAGGGGUGGCUAUGCGCGCGCCGUCGUCCACGUUGGAGAAGAAAACCGAAGAACAGCAAUUGAAAUGUCCGACGGUAAGAACUCGUCACCCUUGGCGAACCGGUGCCCCUCGUCCAAAAAUGUCUUCGCAUUUAGAAUUUAAAACUGAGAUUCACGUGUAUACAUUUUGCAUACUUCUAAUGAUUAAAUCAAGUGCCAUAUAUUCAUUUAUAGUCUUAGCUCGGCGGCACGUUGAAUCUUUACCGCCAUUUUCUCAUCAACAGGGUGCAGUAACGGCCGCCAACCCCAACGGCGCUGGACUUAUCAGCCGCCGCCGCCGCCGCCGCCGCAAGACAACGUACAUGAAGCGCUGGAGUUUGUGAAGGUAAGCUCUACCGUGGGGUAGAAGAGUAGGAACCACUCUCGCGCUCUCUUCUUGCCGACUCUGACGCACCGAUUUCUGUUUACUGGCGCCACCAGGUCGGAAGGGAGAUAUCGUACGAGCAAAGCGUGAAGAAUUUCCUCCAGGAUGCCGGCUCUAUGGCGGAAGGCAUCGCCCGGCGGAAAAUAGAAGAGCAGAGAGCGGCCAUAGAGGAGAAGGGGAACAGGGAGAACCAGCUUCCUCCCCCGACGUCCGCUCCGUGGAAUCCGCCGCCAGUCACCGCCGCCGAGGUUAACUAUCCUGCCCCUCAUCUCUCCAACACCUACUCAGAACUCAACACAGCAGCUCUGGGCGGCAUUCCCCCUCAUGGCCAGAAAGGUGAAACAAGACUCUCUCUUGUUCCUGUCUAUGAUUCCACCGGCAUGGGACGACUCUUGGGGUCUCCAUUCUCCGGUACAGUUCCCCCCGCCGCGGGAGCCUUCUCACUUCAAGAGCCCUCCUCCAUUCGAGUUUCCACCGAUAAAUUCAGCUCCCCACUCUUCAUUCCACCUUCUUCAAGUCCCUCUGUGCUCUCGCUCACAUUUCCCGUUUCUGCUGGCUUCCCGGGCUCAUCGUUCUCCAUUCCAACUUCUGCGGGAUUCCUGGGGUCACCGCUCUCCACUCCAACUUCCGCGGGUUUCAUGAGCUCACCACUCUCUAUUCCAACAUCUGCGGGACUUGUGAGCUCGACGGAGUCAAUUGCCGCCUAUGCCAGUCUGCUAAGUCCCCCUCCCUCCGUUCCACCUUCCGCUAGCCUCGCCAGUCAUUCUCAUUUCACCCCCGUCAGCACGGGGAGUUCUUUCCCUGCUCCGGGCAACCAAUUUUAUUCCUCCUCUGCGAACGCCACAACUCCCCCGGCGGGCGGACUUGGGAGUUCUGCAAGAAGCGCCGGUUCACCUGUGCAGGAAUCUUUCAAUAGCUACUGUUUUCUCGGAGCAAGCAACUUCAACCCAGCUCCUCUCGACUGCGGCACUGCUUCGGGGGUGACCAGGAACUACUCGUCGGUGAAAGGCCGCCAGGUCGGCACAACGGUCGGGGGAAGCUCGAGCCGGCUGCCAGUGGAAACUAUGGACACGAACCAGUAUCUGAAGUCCAGCGGCGACACCGUCCGCUGGAAGAGUCCCGAUAGCAGACGCAUUGUCCUCGGACUUAGCACCCCAGCUGCCACGGCCUUCAGGGCCCAGGGACGGAGGAAACCAGCAAUAACUCAAGCUCGAUCAGAACCUAAAGCUGUGGAGCCGUCUCAGUCUGCGAUCAAUCUGAAGCUUCUCCUAUCCCGGCUCGGGGAGAACCCAUGGGGGGUGAAUGGUAUAUCGUCACUCAGGCCCUCGACCUCCGCCGCCAACUCCAGCAACCCGGGCAUUACUACUCGCGCACUGACCUCCGGCCCAGCGGCGGAGCUGAACACCCUCAACUUGCUCGGAGAUCGCCAACCUGACAUCAACCUCAACCUUUGA